GCCCCUAAAACCAAAACCAAAACCAAAUUCCAAAGCCCGCUCGCAGAAAGGGGGAAAAGGAAGAACACGCUCUCUUAAUAGUCUUCCGCUGAUCCCGAUGGCCGCGACAGCCGGCUACACCCUGGUCGGCCCACCGGAGGCCGCCGGACGACUGCCUGCUUGCGCCGCCGCCUUCAAUUUCAUGGACUUGAUGGAGGACAGCUUCAACAACACCAAGGACACCGGCGGGGCGCGGGGGGAGAAGGCGCUCACGGAGAACUCCUCGCCCACGUUCGUGUCCUCGGGCGACCCCUGCCUGGACUUCUUCUUCCACGUGGUGCCCGGCACGCCGGCCGCGUCCGUGGCCUCGCUCCUCGCCGCCGCGUGGGCCGCCGACGCGCCCACCGCGCUCCGCCUCGUCGCCAACCUCCGCGGCGUGCGCGGCGCCGGCAAGUCCGACCGCGAGGGCUUCUACGCCGCCGCGCUCUGGCUCCACGCGCGCCACCCGGCCACGCUCGCCCGCAACGCCGCCUCCCUCGCCGCCGAAUUCGGGUACCUCAAGGACCUCCCCGAGCUGCUCCACCGGAUCGCGCACGGCGGCAGGUCCACCAGGACCCCCGGCAAGAAGGCCCGCCUCGAAGCCGAGGGCCGCGGCGGCUUCGUCUGCCGCGGCAGAGGACGCGGACGCUUCCGCGGGUCCUCCGGCAGCCGCAGCAAGCCGCGCAGGGAGGACGACAGCCGAGCCCCGCGCGUCGGCACGGCGGAAGAGCGCGUCGCGGGCAGCCUGGAGCGCGACCGGGAGCUCGCGGCCGCGGCGCGCGUGUCGCGCCGGAGCAGGAGGGCGGAUGCCGCGGCGCGGGCCGUGGAGCUCUACAGCCGGGACCCGGCGUACCGGGCCCUGCACGACCGCACGGCCGAGCUCUUCGCCGGCCUCCUGGCAGAGGACAUGCGCAAGCUCGCGGAGGGCAACGUGAAGGAAUUCUCGCUCGCGGCCAAGUGGUGCCCGUCGCUGGACUCGUCCUACGACCGCUCCACACUCCUCUGCGAGGCCAUCGCGCGGCGCCUCUUCCCCAGGGGCUCGUCUCCAGAGCUCGCUGAGGACGAGGACGAGGCCGAGCUCUCGGACGAACACUACGCGUACCGAGCCCGCGAGCGGCUCCGCAAGUCUGCCAUCGUGCCGCUCCGCCGCGCGCUCGAGCUCCCGGAGGUCUUUAUCUCGGCGCGCGCGUGGGGGUCCGUGGCGUACACGCGCGUCGCCUCCGUGGCCAUGAAGAACUACAAGGCGCUCUUCCUCGAGCACGACGCGGACCGCUUCAACGCGUACCUGGCCGACGUCAAGUCCGGCAAGAAGCGGAUCGCCGCGGGCGCGCUCCUCCCGCACCAGAUCGUCAGCUCCCUCGACGGCGACGGCGACGGCGGCGUGGCCGAGCUCCAAUGGCAGCGCAUGGCGGACGACAUGCGCGCGCUGGGGAAGCUGGCCAGCUGCGUGGCCGUGUGCGACGUGUCCGGCAGCAUGUCCGGCUUGCCCAUGGACGUCUGCGUGGCGCUGGGCCUCCUCGUGUCCGAGCUCACUGAGGACCCCUGGCGCGGCCGCGUGAUCACCUUCAGCGAGCGCCCGGAGAUCCACAGGAUCACCGGCGACACCCUCAGCGAGAAGAUCAGCUUCGUCCGCACCAUGGAUUGGGGCAUGAACACCGACUUCCAGGCAGUGUUCGACAAGAUCCUGGAGGUGGCCGUGGGGGCCGGGCUGCCGGCGGAGAAGAUGGUGCGGCGGGUGCUGGUGUUCAGCGACAUGGAGUUCGACCAGGCGUCGGUGAAUCCCUGGGAGACGGACUACGAGGCGAUCGUGAGGAAGUUCUCGGAGGCCGGCUAUGGCGCCGCCGUGCCGGAGGUGGUGUUCUGGAACCUGAGGGACUCCAAGGCCGUGCCCGUGAUGUCCGGACAGAAGGGGGUGGCCCUGGUCAGCGGCUUCUCCAAGAACUUGCUCAAGCUGUUCCUGGACGGCGGCGGCUCCUUCACCCCGAGGGCCGUCAUGGAGAAGGCCAUCGCCGGGCCGGAGUAUGACAACCUCGCGGUGUUCGAUUGAAGCCCAAGGAUUGCAUAAAAGGCCUGUGGACCCAAUAUUUCCGGCACGCCCACCUUGGAGUCCUUGCCAAAUUGACCCAGCUGCUUGAAUCCGUACCUCAUGCUGUACAUGUCAGGAAGAUAUGGAGCAAAUGGAGGCUCAUGGUUGGAGCUAUGAACACCAGGUUCUGGGCAUCAUCUCUAGCAUCUGUGUCUAUUGGAGGGCAGUCUUCUCCCCGAGCUGCUCUUUUGGUUUGACACUUUGACAGUUGUUUCAAUUUAAGUAGCAAAGGGAGAGCAUGCGGACUCUUUGAAUUGUGCUGGAUGUACAAGCUCCUGCAACUCACAUGAACAUGUAGUGAUGCAUCUUGUUUGUAGCCCCUAAAUCUUAGGAUACUGUUUGAGCCUUUGUAGAUCCUAUUGCAACAUUAAUCAUGAGUAUCCGUUGUCAUAGUUUUGAGCAAGGAGACAGCAUAAUCUGCAACUGAAGUACUAUGUUCAUCUGCCCACGGCCCUUUUUGACGGGCGUGGUAGGCGCA